CUUUAUAAUUUAAUUUCACUCAUAUUCUCUCUCUUCAUCAUCUUCAAUUCAAUUGUGCUACAUACAGGAAGAGGAAAAUACCACUUCGUUAAAGGUUUUUAUUUUCUCGAUUUCAAUCUCAGUGUUGUUUUGAUUCAUUAUCUUGUUCCUGUUUAUGUUUUCGCAAGUAUCGACAGAUUUGUUGUUUGAUUUUUAUCAUUAAUCAAUCUGAUUUUGACCUGUAAUUCUUACAUUUUUGAUCGGGUUAAAAUGUUUCGAACAAUCAAUCUGAGCCUCAUUAGGGCACAAUUUAUGUGUGAUUCCAUGUAUUUUGAUCUUAAACUAGGGUUUGGUCCUAAUUUGAGCAUCUUAAUUAGGUCCAUUAGUUAGAAUAUGUGUUUCCUUUAGGUUCCUAAUUGGCCGAGAAUCGAAGAAGCUGUUGAUCGCGUGCACCUAGAGAGAAUAGAUUGGGAUUAACUGAUUAAGAUGACCGACAUUCGGCAACAGUUGCAACAGAAGUCGGAUAGUUCCACAACUGAUGCCCGUGCUGAAUUUGAGCGAGGAUUGGAGGAAUUAGUUCGUGGGCACUUAGACGACUGCAUCUCAUUUGCUUCUUGUAGCUCUCCACGUACAGUAACUACUACUGAGGACGAAGAUGAUGAAGGUGAUCAGCUUUUACGGAGGAGGAGAAGGUCUGAUAUUGAAGGAGAUGAUCUGGCUGAAUCUUCAGCUGUUAGAAGACGUCAUUCACGGAUCCUCAGUAGUUGGGCUGCUAGGCAGGCACAAGAGAUGAUCACUACAAUCGAGAGGAGGAAUAGAGAAUCCGAGCUGAUGGCAUUAGCUGGUCUCCAGACAGUUUCCAUGCUUGACUCAUCUUUCUUGAGGGGAUCUCCAUCUCCACCUUCGAGGAGACAGAGUAGUAACGUCGAGGGAUUGAGCACUCGGGCGUCGUCGAUCUUGCAGAUGUGGAGGGAAUUGGAGGAUGAACAGAUGGAAACACAAAACGAGCGAGGAGGGGGGGAAGAACGAGAGAGUUCUAGUAGAGAGCAAUCGCCUGAUCUCGGUGAUAUUGAAAGGGAGAGGGUUAGACAAAUUGCUCGGGGAUGGAUGGAGAGUGGUGUGACUGACCGUUCUUCGAAUGCUUCUCAUAGAAGCGGUGGACCUAGGGCGGAAUGGCUUGGUGAGACUGAACGUGAGAGGGUUAGAAUUGUAAGGGAGUGGGUGCAAAUGACUAGCCAAGAGAGAGGAUCUCGUGGGAAUAGGAGAGGGGAAGAACAGGUGUCUGGACCACCACGUGAAGGUAUGAUUGUUGACCAUGAUGAGGGCCAUCCAGAGAAUGCUCGUAGAGACAGGCUCAGAUUACGAGGAAGGCAAGCUGUUGUUGAUUUACUUGUUCGAAUUGAAGGUGAAAGGCAGAGGGAGCUUCAGGGCUUGUCAGAGUAUCGAGCUGUUUCUGAAUUCGCUCAUCGCAAUCGCAUUCAGGCACUACUCAGAGGCCGUUUUUUACGAAAUGAGAGGCCUGUGGAGAAUGAGAGGCCUCCUUCAGUUGCAGCAAGUGAAUUAGUUCAGUUAAGGCAACGCCAUACAGUUUCGGGUUUGAGCCGGGAAGGUUUCCGCUCAAGAUUGGAAACUAUUGUCAGAGGACAAGUAGAAAGCCAUUCUGAUACUUCUCCCCCCAAUGUCAUCACUGAUUCUAGAAAUGAUGAGGCUCAUGUGAAUACCAUAGAGGACAAUCAUGUUGAGGAUGAUGAGAUACCAGAACCUACAACUCAGGAAACUGAAACUAACAUUCAACGUAUAUCGAAUCCUUCCACAGUUUCAGAGACUAAUACAUCCAGUGAUCAAAGAGAGGAUCUUCCGGACCAUGAUACUCAAGAUGGGGGAAGAAACUGGACAGAGGCAACAUAUGAGCAAAUUAGUGAUUGGAGAGAGAACAAUGCGGAGGAUAUGGAUGCUAAUAACAGUUGGCACCAGGAAACCCCUGGAAAUGAGGACGUGGACGAAGAUCAUCCACGAGAAUCCCAUGAUGUCUGGAAUGAGGAUGCAAGUAGGGGAACCGUAGAAAGUUGGACAAAUUCUCCUUCAGAUUGGCCAAGACUGUCCCGUUUGGUUCCUGUCAGAAGAGUGAAUAGAUUCCAUCCACCAGAUGAUGAUAAUGUGUAUAGUAUGGAACUCAGAGAACUUUUAAGCAGGAGGAGUGUUUCUAAUCUUCUUCGUAGUGGUUUCAGAGAGAGUCUGGAUCAGUUAAUUCAGUCCUAUGUAGUGAGGCAAGCCCAUGCACCCAUUGACUGGGAUUUGCAUAGGAACUUGCCAAUUCCUGCUUCACCUGACCAUGAUCUGGCUCAGCAGAGGGAAGAGCAGAAUGAAGAUCAAAUUGAUAUUGGUAGACCUUCACUAGUGCUACCAUCCCCACCAGUACCUCCUCCACAACCACUUUGGCAUCAGGAUUUGCAUCAUUCUAGCUGGACCCGCCACAGCAUGAAUCGCUCUGAACUUGAAUGGGAGAUGAUUAAUGAUCUUAGGGCGGAUAUGGCCAGACUUCAGCAAGGUAUGAACCACAUGCAGAGGAUGCUGGAAGCUUGCAUGGACAUGCAACUGGAGCUCCAACGCUCUGUAAGGCAGGAGGUUUCUUCAGCUCUAAAUCGCUCUUCUGGUGGAGAAGGGAUAGUAGCAGAAACUUCGGAGGAUGGAUCGAAAUGGGGACACGUGAAAAAGGGUACUUGUUGCGUUUGUUGUGACAGCCAUAUUGAUUCUUUACUAUAUAGAUGUGGGCACAUGUGCACUUGCUCAAAAUGUGCUAAUGAGUUGGUCCGAGGAGGAGGAAAGUGCCCUUUGUGUAGGGCACCAAUUGUUGAAGUGAUUCGAGCUUACUCAAUAUUAUAGAAGAAAUUGUUUGUAAAAAAAAAUGAAGUGGUAUAGAGAAGAACAACACAUUAAAAAUGGAGCUGUUGUUAUUAUAUGUAGCCUAUGAGCUCCUCAUGUUUAUCACUUGUUGUAGGGUGUAUCUUCCUUUUUUUUUUUUUAUUGCUGAUUCAUUCUUAAAUAAAAUUUCCAGCUAAAUAUUCUUUCUCAA